AUGUUAGUGAGCAUCAGACGUCCCUCCCAAUCAGUUCUCGAGUUUGGGGAAGCGAUGUGCUAGCAACGGAGCUAAACGUGUACAUGUAGCUAGCGUGUUAGUCCACAAAAUAAAGCCAGAACUUCGAUAGCCGUCACUUAGCUACACACACGUUAGUACUGUGUAUAUAUCUAGGUAGCUAUAUUUUUAUUAAUUCCACAUUUAAGUUCGUACCCUGGCCGUAAAAUGCUUUCCCUGGCCACCAGAAUGAUGCGGAGCGGUGUGAUUUUGGCCCUGGUGCUGGUCGCCUUGUGUUCGGACGGAGCUGCGGGCAUCCAAGAGGAGCGGAAGCCGGAACCCGAACAGCCGCCGCAAGAGAAAGCCCCCUCGGUGCACCCCAUUGGGCCAGUGCAGAGUGAGGGGGACCCCGGUAACGGGAACCUGGGGUUCAUCCACGGCUUCCUGGCUGCCAUCUCCGUCAUCAUUGUGUCUGAGCUGGGUGACAAGACCUUCUUCAUCGCUGCCAUAAUGGCUAUGCGCUACAACCGGCUGACUGUGCUGGCGGGCGCCAUGUUGGCUCUCGGGGUCAUGACCUGUCUGUCCGUCCUGUUUGGCUACGCCACCACCAUCAUCCCGCGAAUCUACACCUACUACGUUUCCACGGCGCUGUUCGCCAUCUUCGGCGUGCGCAUGCUGAGGGAGGGGCUGCGCAUGAGUCCGGACGAGGGCCAGGAGGAGCUGGAGGAGGUGCAGGCCGAGAUCAAGAAGAAGGACGAGGAGCUCCAGAGGGCGAAGCUUUUGAAUGGAGCGGCCGAUGUGGAAGCGGGGUCAGGCACCAUGGCGCCUCAGAGGAAGUGGCAGGGCUUUAUCUCUCCGGUCUUCAUCCAGGCGCUCUCCCUUACCUUCCUCGCUGAGUGGGGAGACCGCUCCCAGCUCACCACCAUCGUCCUGGCCGCCAGAGAGGACCCAUUUGGAGUGGCAGUGGGCGGGACUCUCGGACACUGCCUGUGUACAGGGCUAGCUGUGAUUGGUGGAAGAAUGAUCGCUCAGAAAAUAUCAGUCAGAACAGUUACGAUCAUUGGGGGCGUGGUCUUCCUGGCCUUUGCCUUCUCAGCCUUGUUCAUCAAGCCAGAUGCUGGGUUCUGAUUGGACCAGAGGGAUUCAUUUUGUAAAUAUCUGUACUAUUCAAUGGUUUUAUUAUAGGGGCUGUACUCUCAGGCUUUGUGUGUGAGUGCGUGAGUGUGUGUGCGCGCGAGUGUGUGUUUGCUGCCUUUGUGAUCUUGAUAUGGUAGCAGACUCAAUUUAAAUUUCUCAACGUGGUGACUGUUCUCAGGUCAGUGCUGAGAAUGGCCCAACUCCUCUCCCUGCAGUAAAGCCGUUCUCAGAUCAGUUUGUUUAUCCACAGGAUAUCUCUGCCCAACAGCGAUAGUGAAACUUGGUUAAAAAAGAUUGGCAGUUCCACUUCCAGGUACUGAACAGGAAUUCAGCUAGCCCUGUGAUUUAAAGUUAGCUGCAUUCUGGUUUGGUACUGAAGUGGAGGUCACGCCAGUCUGUCUGUCCAUCUGUCCUCUCCCAGUUUCCUAACCUCCCCCACACGUUUCCCCAGCAUUAAAUCAGUGUGUAUUUAUUUAACAACAUUAGCUCAGAGAUGACUAUUUUUGUUAGCUUAAGAUUGUUUUUAUUUCUUAGAUCAAGUACUGUACAUGUCAGGGCUGAGUGGUGUUGCUGGACCCAAGGAGAAUACAUCGUCAAUAUUUGACGGGGAGCGUUGUGAUAGUAACAGGAAACCUCGUGUACAGAGCUCACUGUAAACCCUGAUUAAAUGUAAAUAUUCAAUAAAAACCUGUUCCAUUCU